AGUAGCCGCACGGCGAUCCCGCUUCAGCCCUUUCAGUGCGGGGGUCAUUAAUAAAGACGCAACGCGUUCCGUCGAAGGCCAUCGAGGUUGUCGAUCAAGGCGGGACCCGGCGAAGAUCUUUGGCGAGCCUGGCGGUGGAAGGCGAGAAGGCAGAGAGCCGAGCGAAGGAAGUGGUGGGAGGGGCGCGUUGUCAGGCAGUUCUGCUGCAGCAGCAGCCGAGGAGAAAGUAACUUUGCAAAGGCGAGGCAUGGCCGCAGUAAGAAACCCGGGGAUGGUCCGUCUCUGCGGCCCGGCGCGCCGGGUUUGAGUCUCUCCCCGAUUUGCAAAGCGGGCGAUAGCAGGCGGCUCCCCAAAGGAAAAGGGACGGCCGCGGCACAACAGCACGGCUGCCCCCCUCCGUAAAGCGCAGCCUUUUUCCGCGCGUCGGCGGAUCCGGUGGGGAGCGGAGACGCUCCGCUCGAGCGGCGAAAGGGAGCUCCGAGCGCGGGAGGCGCAGCGCCGUCGAGGAGCUUCGCCCCCCGCCGCCCCCCCUUUUUUUGCAACCUUUGCUGGCGAGGGACGUCCGGCUCGGGCUGGGUGUGCGAGUCGUUCCGUCAAGCGAGCGCAGCAAAGGCUUCCGCCUCUCGGGAGUUCGGUCCGACGCCAGCACAAGGCAGGGAAGGGAGCGCCGAGGAGCGCUUCCAGCCGCUCCGGGAGAAGGCACGAUGGAGAGCGCGCACAGCCAGACCGCCGAAGAAGUCCUGCGGCGUUUCGGGGUGCGGGAGAGUUGCGGGCUCAGCGCCGAGCAGGUCCGACGGCAGCGGGAGAAGUACGGCGCCAACGAACUUCCAGCUGAAGAAGGAAAAUCACUUCUGGAGCUAAUACUGGAGCAGUUUGAAGAUCUCCUAGUACGCAUCCUUCUCUUGGCUGCUUUUGUUUCCUUUAUUCUGGCCUGGUUUGAGGAAGGAGAUGAAACCACCACAGCCUUUGUGGAGCCUGUUGUGAUCAUUAUGAUCCUCAUAGCUAAUGCAGUGGUAGGAGUCUGGCAGGAGAGGAAUGCUGAGAGUGCAAUUGAGGCACUAAAAGAAUAUGAACCAGAAAUGGGAAAGGUGAUCAGAGCAGACAGGAACGGAGUGCAGCGGAUCCGAGCUCGAGACAUUGUCCCAGGAGAUAUUGUGGAGGUAGCAGUUGGUGACAAAGUGCCUGCUGACAUCCGAAUCAUUGAGAUCAAGUCCACAACGCUGAGGGUAGAUCAAUCCAUUCUUACAGGCGAAUCUGUCUCUGUCAUUAAACAUACUGAUCCAAUUCCAGACCCAAGGGCUGUUAACCAAGAUAAAAAGAACAUGCUUUUUUCUGGAACCAACAUCGCUGCGGGCAAAGCUGUUGGUGUUGUCAUUGCCACUGGAGUGUACACAGAGAUUGGGAAAAUCAGGAAUCAGAUGGUGGCCACGGAGCCCGAGAAGACCCCUCUGCAACAGAAGCUGGAUGAAUUCAGCCAGCAGCUUUCCAAGGUCAUCUCCCUUGUCUGUAUUGCAGUCUGGGUCAUCAACAUCAGCCACUUCAGCGACCCCGUGCAUGGCGGCUCCUGGUUUCGUGGUGCCAUUUACUAUUUCAAGAUUGCUGUGGCUUUGGCAGUGGCUGCCAUCCCUGAAGGACUUCCUGCAGUUAUCACCACUUGCCUGGCAUUGGGCACCCGCCGGAUGGCCAAGAAGAAUGCCAUUGUAAGGAGCCUCCCCUCUGUGGAAACCCUGGGAUGCACUUCAGUCAUUUGCUCUGACAAGACAGGCACCCUGACAACCAACCAGAUGUCCGUCUGCAGGAUGUUCAUUGUGGAGAAGACUGAGGACACUCACUGCAGCUUGCACGAGUUCACUAUCACUGGAUCCACCUACACCCCUGAGGGACAAAUCUUAAAGAAUGAUCACCCUGUUAAUUGUGGAGAAUUUGAUGGCCUAGUAGAACUUGCAACCAUUUGUGCCCUUUGCAAUGAUUCCUCGCUGGAUUAUAAUGAGUCCAAGAAAGUUUAUGAAAAAGUGGGCGAAGCAACAGAAACAGCCUUGAUCUGCCUUGUAGAGAAGAUGAAUGUUUUCAAUACAGACACCAGCAGUUUUUCCAAAGUAGAAAGAGCCAGUGCCUGCAAUACAGUAAUCAAAAAGCUGAUGAAGAAGGAAUGCACCCUUGAAUUUUCCCGCGACCGCAAGUCCAUGUCUGUGUAUUGCACACCUGUGGCCUCCAGUCACAAUUCCUCGAGCGCCAAGCUCUUUGUCAAGGGCGCUCCAGAAAGUGUCAUUGAGCGCUGCAGUUACGUUCGUGUUGGCAGAAACCAAGUCCCUUUGACUUCUUCCAUCAAAGAGAAGAUCCUCUCCAGGAUCCGGGAAUGGGGUACCGGCAUCGACACUUUACGCUGUCUCGCCUUGGCCACAAGAGACCAUCCACCUCGGAAAGAGGACAUGCAUCUAGAUGACUCCAGCCAGUUCAUUAACUAUGAAACUAAGUUGACCUUUGUUGGCUGCGUGGGAAUGCUGGACCCUCCUCGGAAGGAAGUGGUGUCAUCUAUCGAAAUGUGCAAGAAAGCGGGCAUCCGUGUCAUCAUGAUCACUGGAGACAACAAAGGGACAGCCGUGGCUAUCUGCCGGAGGAUUGGGAUCUUCUCAGAGAGUGAGAAGGUGGCCGACAAAGCAUACACAGGCCGAGAAUUUGACGAUCUCUCACCAGACGCCCAAAGCAAUGCCUGCCGUUCAGCUCGAUGCUUUGCCCGGGUAGAGCCUGCCCAUAAGUCCAAGAUAGUUGAAUACUUACAGUCAUUUAAUGAAAUCACAGCCAUGACUGGUGACGGAGUGAACGAUGCCCCUGCUUUGAAGAAAGCUGAAAUUGGUAUCGCAAUGGGCUCUGGAACAGCGGUGGCCAAAUCAGCUGCAGAGAUGGUUUUGUCAGAUGAUAAUUUUUCUACCAUUGUGGCUGCUGUGGAGGAGGGCAGAGCUAUCUACAACAACAUGAAGCAGUUCAUCCGCUACCUCAUUUCUUCUAAUGUUGGAGAAGUUGUGUGCAUCUUCUUGACGGCCAUCCUGGGCCUUCCUGAAGCUUUGAUCCCAGUCCAGUUGCUUUGGGUGAAUUUGGUGACUGAUGGACUGCCGGCUACAGCCCUUGGCUUUAACCCUCCUGACCUUGACAUCAUGGAUAAAUUGCCCCGGAAUCCUAGGGAACCUCUCAUUAGUGGAUGGUUAUUCUUCCGCUACCUUGCAAUUGGAGUUUAUGUUGGGUUUGCAACUGUAGGUGCAGCUACUUGGUGGUUCUUGUACGAUGCUGAAGGACCUCAAGUUACUUUUCACCAACUGAGGAACUUCAUGAGAUGCACAGAAGACAACCCCAUCUUCGAAGGCAUUGACUGUGAAAUCUUCGAAUCCCGUUAUCCAACCACCAUGGCACUCUCUGUGCUGGUGACAAUUGAGAUGUGCAACGCACUCAACAGUGUGUCUGAAAACCAGUCGCUGCUCAGGAUGCCUCCCUGGCUGAACAUCUGGCUCCUGGGAGCCAUUGUCAUGUCUAUGGCUCUGCAUUUCCUGAUUCUGUACGUGAAGCCAUUGCCUCUGAUCUUUCAGGUGAUCCCACUUAGCUGGCCUCAAUGGGGAAAAGUACUGCAAAUCUCUUUGCCGGUUAUCAUGCUGGAUGAAGGCUUGAAGUAUCUCUCCCGUAAUCAUUUAGAUGGCAAAGAAAGCAAGAAAUGACCAGCACAAAAGAAACUCCACUUCUCCGCAAAAUGAAUCGUAAACUCUUACCUGGGACUGAAGAAAUUGCAUGCUUGAACAUUUCCAAAAGACAUCAAGGAAUAUGCAUGUUUUUGAAGUCUCGGACUUAAUGCGGGUGAAUUGUCAAAAGAAA